UAAGAAAUUCAGAAGUCCAAUGCUUUAGCUUCAGAAAAUACCUUGCAGGUUCCUUUACUGAAGUCUUCACCUUGAAAGAUUAAAACCUCAGAUUUUCAAAAAAGAAGACCACUUUCAAGCAGGAAUUUCAAAUGGGAAAUCCGAUGAUAGAUGAGUUAGAUGCCUAACAAAGAAUCUGUUCUAUUUGCAGCAUCUUUUCACCUACAAUUCUCAUCAAGAAUUUCCAGCUUGUAUAAACAUGGGCUUCUGUCAUAAUCAAGAGUCUACAAAUCAUUCUAAGAGAUUCAAAUUCCUUGUCUCAACCCUGAAGAAUGCUUUUGCCAACUGCUAUUCUUUUCGGAAAAGAAGACAAUCAUGUCCAGAAAAAGAUGAUCCGAUUUACUAUUAUGAUGACGAAGAUGAACAGGCAUUUAUAUCAGUAGUGAUAAGUCAAUACAUGGAGUUGAAAUGCAGAAGAAAGACAACCAUCACAACUGACAAGUUUACCUGGGCUUUUUCUCCAACAACAGGAGAUUUAUUCAUCUCUGCAAAACUAAGACAAAAGAAGGAGGAAAAUGAAGAUCAAGAAAAGGAAGAAAGGGAAGACUUCUACUCUGUCGCUAGUCGUCUUUCUCCCUGCUCAAGUGCUACAAGUUUUGAGGAUUUUGUCACAGCUAAGACGAUCUUUUCAAGUUCUUCAAGCUUAGACAGGAUUGACUUCCAAGGUCCCUGGAGGCAUUCUGUUAUCCAAGAAUUAUCUCACUGUGAAGGAUGGCCAUUUGGUCUAUACCGAAAAUCCUUGUUACUUCCACCUUUGCCAAAAUCACCAUCUGAUUCUUGGUCAUGGAGUAAGAGUGCUAGAAUGGUUAAGAUGCAAUGAUAGCUGGCAUUUUAAAUCAAUUCCCCGAAGCAAUUUUACUGUUUCCAUGGAGAAAGGAUAUUGAUCUUACGUUUAUUUAUGCACUAUGUUCUUUAAUAAUGGCUACUAUCUUUGCAUGAUUCACAAAGCUUUCUUUUUUAUAUAAUUUGCAGG